GGCGAGCGGGAGCCCUGCGGGCCCGACGCGAUGCGGCGGGGGGCGUCGGACGGGGACCGCGCCUCGCCGCUGCACGUGGGCAAGCCGCCUGCUGCGCUGGUGUUGCCCCUCGCCAGCGCCACUACGCGUACCGAGACGAUCAAGGACUACAUGCCCCUUGAGGAGCGCAACGCCGGCAGCGACCUGCCGCUGACUGCGCGCUCCACUGCCGUCAACACCUACACGGCGACCUACACGGCCACCGAGACGGUGGACGGCCACACGGCGACGUUCACCUACACAGCCACCUUCACGGCCACCGCCACGGCCACGGUGCUCACCGAGGCCGCGCCGAACCGGAGGAGGGACCUCCUCGACCACCUGGCGGUCGAGACCGUCGAGCACCCGGCGUACCAGUGCGGCCGCGGGGUGCGCUCGUCCACGGGCUCCGCGCGAAGGUCCUCCUGCUCGUCCCUGGAGUCCUCCGGCUCCAGCCUCGAUGCGGGCGGCAGCGUCGGCCAGCUCAACUCCUGCUCCACGGCCGCCAGCGACGAGGGGCGCGCAGAGAGCAGGCUGAGGAGGAAACACUACCAGCACGCGGGCAAGCACGGCUCCGACCUCCGGCUGGACCACAUCAUCCAGGUGUGCAGCGCCGUGUCCACGAACUGCCACCUGAUGCCGCGGACGCCGAAGGCGCCCGCGCACGACGAGCCGGGCUUCGGCGGCGAGGCGGCCCUGGAGCGCACCGGCGCCGGCGAGCCCGAGCCCCCGAGCAGGCCGCGCAGGGGCCACUCCUGCGCCGGGCCGGGCAGGAAGCACUACAAGGGCGGCGCCGCCGGCCUCGGGGUGGCCGACAUCGUGGAGGCGUGCGAGGGCGCCUCCGCGAACCGCGCCCUGUCGCCGCCCAACUCUCCCGAGGGGCGGAACUCGCCCCCGACGUCGGCGCGGGGCGCCCGCACGCGUAGCUUCCACACGACGCUCGCCAGGGGCGCCGACGCCGGCCAGCAGCAAGGCGUGGGCGCUCCUGCCAGCCCUGGGCGGCGUCGCGGCGGCGCCCGUGCCGUCGCUGAGGUCGGAAGCGCGCCCGAAGAGGCGCCGUGCAGCGAAGAGCGGGUGAAGAAGUCCGCGCCCAAUCAGUGCGUCCCCUCGGUGGUGCUGAAGAUCCCAUGGUGCCAAGCCGACCACUUGCAGGACACGUCAGACGUGGAGAUCAUCAGCACCAACCUGGAGCCAUCAAACUCCAGCCUUCUUGGCGACCAGGACCUGGCCUCCGCCAGAAUCAGCCUGGGCAGCGCCAGCUCCAGGGAGGGCGCCGCGGGCGGAGACCGCGGUGGGCGGAGAGGGCCACAGAGGAAGCACUACCAGCGCCACGACGCCAAGGUCCCCGACCUGAAGCUGGGCCACAUCAUCCAGGUGUGCGAGGACGUGUCCAGGGAUCGGAACCUGUCACCGCGCACGCCGAAGUCGCUCUGCAGCCCAUCGGCCUGCGCUGGCCAGCCUCUGCAUUGAGUGACGGGAUCUUGCUGAGCGCAAAUCAGCACGUAGGUCAGCAGUACUCCGCGCCGACUGUUCUUCACAGGAAGUGACAUGUCCAGCUCUGAGAGCCUCAGAAUCCAAUUCCCCGCUUGCACAAGGUCAAGCGGGGGCGCGCGAUGCUAGAAUUUACUCUAGUCGAUCGGCGGCCUUCUCUCGUAGCUGCCGUCGCUGUGCGGUUUGUCGCCUGGCGGAAAAGCCAGCACAAGCCGAAGUGGAGAUCCGGUGAGGGACUCACUAUUGUUCCUGGCCGAGGCGCCAUCGCAGGCGCCACGCAGGCGAGCGACAAAGAUUGCCUACGUGGUCGCCUUUGCACGCAGAGUCGACGUUCGUGCAUCAUGGCGCGAAUAGCUCUUGCUUCGCGUGUGGCGAGAAGCCAGCCCAUCAGAAGCCGUUCCUGCACCCCUGCCCCUGCUGAGUUGGCGGUUUAUUUGGCGGGAGCCCGGCGGCGGCCGCCUGCCUUGCGAGGUCCCACGUGUCCUCGGG